AUGGUGCCGCCGCGCCGCCGCGCCCGACGACUCGCCGUGCUCUUCGCGGCCACGGCCGCGGCCCUGCCGCGGACCUGCGAGGUGUCCAUCGGCGAAGACUACCUCCUCGGCGAGCCGGCGGCGCUGAAAUGCGGGCUGCCCGUGAGCCGGUCCUACUUGCUGUCCAAGUACGGCCUCGCGCUCGUCGCCGAGGCGCCGGCGUCGCCCGAGGCCGGAAGACCGCUGACGAUCACGGUCAAGGGCUGCGACGUGAAGGAAGCGGUCGACGCGUACCCCUGGUUCGACUCCUACACGACGAACGGCACGCGCGACCUCCGCUGGUGCGACCCGUCCGCUUUGGAAAUUUGGGUAAGAGCCUACGGCCCCUCCAUCGAGGUCGCCGACGUCGUCCCGAGCGCGGAAACCUGCGCCUGGACGGCCACGUUCCGCCGCGGCCUGCUCCCGGGCGCCUACGCCGUCGACGUUUUGAAUACGUGGCUCCGCGGCGACGAGGAGCCGAAAACGCCCCACUACGACGCCGUCAAGGUCCAGCGCGGCCGGGGCUGGCGCGGCGAACAGUUCGACUGGCAGAACGCCGCCGGCGGGGACCUGAAGCGGGGGUCGCCCUUCAUGCUCUGCGGCGAUCGGUGCAUGCUCUACGACGAGUGCGCGUUCUGGACGCAGCGCAAGCCCGGCAAGCCGCCCCAGUGCACGUUCUACAAAAGCGUGAAGGGCACGGACAAAAAUGACGGUGGCGAGUCCGGGAGCCGCAAGGACGAGCGCGUCGUCAAGCAUUUAGGCGGCCUCACGAACGCGCGCGGCGCGUGGCCCGCGCGGCUCCGAUCCAACGCGUGCCGCGGCCAGGCGCGCGCGCUCGGCAGCCCGCUGGCGUUGGAGGUCGUCGGCGCGGCGCCGGCAACGCCGACGGCGCCCUGCGCGUCGGGCGCCGCGCCGGGCCGCUGGGUCCGGGGGCCCUGCGACGGCGAGUGCGAGCGGCUCAAGGGCCUCGAGCGGCGGCGCGACCGGACGAAGAAAUCCGACGCGGACUGGGACUUCGAGUACGCCUGGCGGCCCCACGACUGCGCCUACGAACGAUACGCGCCCGACGACGUCAAGGCGUGCCUGGAGCGGCGCGGCGUCGACGUCGUCUUCCUCAGCGGCGACUCGGUGAUCCAGGGCUGCACGCCCGCGUUCUACGAGAAGCUCGGCGGCGCGCCGAACGCGCCGCCGGACAAGGUCGCCGCCGACGCGGGCGUCAAGGUCAUGUCCCUCUCCAUGACCAUGUCCAACGACGGCAAGGCGCUGAAGAAUUUGCUGCGCGUGCUCUCGGCGCACGUCGGCGACGGCAAGCUCGGCGUCGUCCUGUCGAACUUCGGCGUGCAGCACGUCCAGUGGUCCAAGACCGUCGCGGACGCGAAGCGGACGCUCAGACCCUUCACGCGGGCCGCCUUCGACCGCCUCCACUGCGACAAGCCGAAGAUCCGGACGCAUUUGGUCCAGUUCGGCGGCGUCGCGGUCCACGGCUUCCGGGAGCCCUAUGUGACCUACAACCGGAGCCGCGUCUUCUCCGACGUGCUCCGGGCCCACCUCGAGCCCCUGCAGUGGGACUUCGUCGACGCCUGGCUCCCGACGGCGAGCCGGCCCGAGGGCGCGCAGGACGGGAUGCACUACCGGCCGCCGACGUGCGCCGCGCUCAUGGACGUGUUCCUCCACGGCCUCUGCCGGGAGGGCGCGGACGCCAUGGAGGUGUCGGGCUGUGCUGCGAAUUAG